AUGCAGCCAACCGUCGUUCUUGAGAAGGAAUAUCCUUCCGUCAUCGCUCUGGAUCGCUUUUCGGGAUUUGCGCGUCUGUUGAGAGUUGCGACCUUCGUAUUCAAAUUUAUUAGUAGAAUGCGAGGACUUGAAGCGGACUACGAAAGGAAGGCCGUGAUAUAUUUGAAGCUCCUUCAGUGUCAAGCUUAUUGGAUCCCCCCUCCCCGGGAAGUCGUAGCCUCAUCUGGCAUCUGUACCUCUUGCAACUCUCCAGAUGUCGAAGGUGAAUCGGGAAUUGAUUCUCUACCCACUAUCUUUUCUGGGACUCCUGUGAAUGAUGUCCAAUCCGACACCCCUUCCGGAGUCGAGACAAUGGUUUGGCCCUGUCCUGUCGGCAACGUUCCUCAGGGAGAUAUAGGUCUAUAUCUAUCUAUCUAUCUAUCUAUCUAUCUAUCUAUCUAUAAAAGUCUGUUAUCUAUCUAUCUAUCUAUCUAUCUAUCUAUCUAUCUAUGUUAG